AUGUUGGCGAGGGGCGAGAUAGGAGUCUUGAUCUUGCAAGUCAGUCUGACAACAUCCCAAGCGAAUGCUAGCUCGCCGAAUGCCAUCACAGUCAUGGAUACAGAGACUUACUUGAUCGGUAUCUGGGCUGUGGCGUGGAACACUAUCAUAGGACCAGUCAUUUUCGGCCAGCUUGUCAAGUUUAUGGGCAAGGGAGUCAUCGAUUCGCACUGGGGUAGCACCCUUCGCAUUAGGCUGGAGCAGGAAGAGAAGAAUGCGAAUAUGGAUGCUGAUUUGAGUGCAGGUGGGAGUGUGGGUGCGAGUGUAGGUGCAGGUGCAAAUGACGAUUCCAAUGCGAAUGCGAAUGCAAGUGCAAACCAAAGUGAGAAUGCAAAUGUCCAAGACUUGCACAAUCAGGAUAACCCAGAGAACGAAAACAAGACAGGUGACAGCAACGUCUAG